GUGUGCGACGCACCCGCAAGAAGCUUUAUCAAGCAAAUAGUUGGGCACACUGGCUAUCACGCCUGCGAACGGUGCAGUCAGAGGGGCCUGCAUCUCGAGGGUCGAAUGACAUUUCCUGAUUUGCACUCACCACAACGCACCAACGAGUCGUUCCGGUCUCAGGAAGACGAGCACCAUCACACGGGAACGUCGCCAUUUGAAUCUUUAGAUGUCGACAUGGUGUCAUGGUUUCCUACGGAGUACAUGCAUCUCGUCUGUCUUGGCGUUAUGCGGCGCCUUCUGAGAAACUGGGUUAGCCAAGGGUUCGGGAGACGCCUAAGUCGACAGCAGCGUGAAAAUUUGAAUGAUUUACUUCGAAGUUGCAGUAAGCGUUUCCCCAGCAACUUUCAAAGGAAGCCAAGAGGCACUGAGGAACUUGACCGGUGGAAGGCCACAGAGUUUCGAAGCUUCCUCUUGUAUGUGGGACCUGUGGUUUUGAAGCAUGUGUUGCCAAACGAUCAGUACCGUCACUUUUUAAUGCUGCAUGUGGCAGUGAGAAUUCUUGUAUCUCCUGCACAUUACGAGGUUUAUAACGGAUUUGCCACGGACCUUCUUAGGUACUUUGUGCAGGAGUUUGGCACCUUGUAUGGGGCCAAGCAGCUCGUUUACAACGUGCACACGCUCAGCCAUCUGGCUGAGCAGUGUUUGGACCAUGGCCCUCUUGACAGUUUUAGUGCGUUUCCUUUUGAAAGUUUCCUGGGUAAGGUUAAGAAAAUGCUACGUUCAACAAGCAAGCCUUUAGCGCAGAUCAGCAGACGAAUGUCUGAAGUCAGACAUUUGUAUCAACCUGAGAUUUCGGAACCGAAACGCAUUGUCAAAGCAGGUCAGUGCUUCAUGCUGAACGAGUCUGCAGUUGUCGUCUUGAAGCUCCUUGAAGACAGGUUCAAGGCAAGCAUUCUGCCAAACAUGACAGAUUUUUUUGAACUGCCGAUCAAGUCGUCCGCCAUCGGCAUCUGGCAGUGCGAUUCCCUCACGCACGUGACUAAAAUGUACAACCUUUCCGAACUUGACACUGCUGUUCAAUACCUCAGACUGGACUACAAAAGCAGACAUGUCAUCCUUCCACUUCUACAUCUGCUGUAGGCCUUUAACAUAGCUUUUGUAGCUUCUUUGAGGCCCUCGUAUGAUUUCCAACCUCUGCAGGCUGCAUUCUGAAAGGCCUCUGGCAAUUGAACU